AUGAAAAUAAAAGUUCCGUUCACGGGCGCUGAUCUGAGAGAAUGGAAAGAGGCUGCCCGAGAAUACCGUAAUGAUCCGAUAAAGACGGCACAGAAUUUUAAAUUUCUAAUAAAACAGCACAAUCCUGACUGGAGUGAUAUACAAUUAUUAUUAGAUUGUUUGACUGAAACUGAAAAACAAUUAGUCAUAAAAACAGCGGGGGAUCUCGCAAAGGAACAUUAUAAUAUAAAGGGAGAUAAUUAUAGAGAAUGGUUUCCUUUGUUGGACCCGGAAUGGGACCCAAACCGAGCCGCUGAAAUGGGAAGAUUACAAGCAUACCAGGAAUGGAUAUUCAGAGGAAUGGAAAAAGCAAUUCCUAGAACAAUAAAUUGGGCAGCGUUAUAUGAGGUCAGACAGGGUCCUUCUGAAACACCUUCAGAAUUCUUAGACAGAAUAAGAGAUGCAAUGCGCCGGCACACGUCUCUGGACCCAAAUUCGGAGGUAGGCGCACAGCAACUAAUAUCCCUCUUUUUAGGACAAUCACAGGGGGAUAUUAGGCGCAAGUUGCAAAAAUUGAGACCUCCUGAAAAUAGAGACUUGGAAAAAUUAGUAGAGGAAGCAUGGAGAAUAUUUAGUAAUCGAGAAGAAGGUUACAAGCAGGACCAAAAGAAAAUAUUAGCAGUAUUAAUAAAAUUAAAAUUAGGAGAAGAACAGGAGGAGGUGGAAUUUUUAAUAGACACAGGAGCCACCUAUUCGGUUUUGAACCAGGCUUUAAUGCCUUUGGGAAAUGAUUAUGUUUCAGUAAAAGGUGCAACUGGCCAAACUGAAAAGGCUUAUUUUUGUAAACCUUUAAAAUAUAAGUUGGGAAAACAGAUGGGGAUCCAUAAAUUCCUAUUUAUGCCAAAUUCCCCAAAGGCCCUUCUUGGUAGAGACUUAUUAGAACAAUUGGAGGCAACAAUCAAAUUUAAAAAAGGGGAAGUUACUCUGGAGGUAAAUAAUCAUCAAUACAUACAGGUUAUGAGCCUAUCUCUGGCCAAUACUCCUAUAAAAAGGGAAAUUGAUACCAGGAUUAUUGAUCAGGUAUAUCCCGGAGUAUGGGCAAUUGACAUACCGGGACGUGCCAAGAAUGCAUCACCUGUAAUAGUAAAAUUGAAGGAUGGACAGAGUGCGGUAAGAAUUAAACAAUACCCACUGAAAAGGGAAGAUAGGGAAGGAAUUCGUCCAAACAUAGAGCGAUUCAUAGAACUAAAACUACUAAAACUACUAAAAGAAUGUGAGUCAGAAUUUAACACACCUAUCCUCCCAGUUAAAAAACCUGAUGGGUCUUAUAGGAUAGUUCAAGAUUUAAGGGCCAUUAACAAAAUAACAGAGGAUCUGUAUCCUGUAGUAGCUAACCCCUAUACCUUACUUACCACCCUGACACCUGACCUAGCUUGGUUCACAGUUUUAGACUUAAAAGAUGCCUUCUUUUGCCUCCCUCUCCAUGAAGCCAGCCAAAGAAUUUUUGCUUUUGAAUGGGAAAAUCCCAGAAGCGGUCGAAAGACCCAGCUCACAUGGACGGUGUUGCCACAGGGGUUUAAAAAUAGCCCCACAAUUUUUGGAAACCAAUUAGCAAAGGAUUUGGAGUUAUGGGAACCACCGUCAGAAGAAGGGAAAGUGUUACAAUAUGUAGACGAUCUUCUUAUUGCAACCAGAACCGAAGAAUCUUGUAUUAUUUGGACUGUGAGUCUGCUGAACUUUCUGGGACUACAGGGAUAUCGAGUUUCUAAGAAGAAGGCACAGGUGGUGUUACAACAGGUCACAUACCUGGGGUACGAGAUCAGUGCCGGACAACGGGUCCUGGGGAAGGCCCGAAAAGAAGCCAUAUGCCAAGCCCCCCGACCAUGAACUGUAAAGGAACUGCAGACAUUUCUGGGAAUGACAGGAUGGUGCCGGCUUUGGAUAUGCAAUUAUGGCUUGCUUGUUAAACCAUUAUAUUCCCUGAUAGCAGCUAACCAGAAGGAUCUUCAGUGGGAUGCUGAAUCAGACAGAGCUUUCCAUGAACUGAAGAAAGCCUUGAUGUCGGCACCAGCACUAGGACUUCCUGAUGUGAGUAAGCCAUUUUUCCUAUUUUCCCAUGAGAAACAGGGAAUGGCAUUAGGAAUACUGGCACAAGAUUUGGGACCAUACAGACGGGCAGUGGCAUACUUCUCUAAACAGCUGGAUGCCACUGCAAAAGGGUGGCCUGGUUGCCUGAGAGCAGUAGCAGCCGUCAUCCUAAACAUCCAAGAGGCCCGGAAGUUUACCCUGGGCCAGAAAAUGACUGUCUUAGUAUCCCACACAGUGUCUGCAGUCCUUGAAACAAAAGGGGGGCAUUGGCUCUCCCCACAGAGAUUCCUAAAAUACCAGGCCAUAAUGGUGGAACAAGAUGAUGUUGAGAUCGUGACUACAAACAUCGUCAAUCCAGCCUCAUUUCUUAAUGGGAAUAUUGGAGAAUCAGUCGAUCAUGACUGUCUAGAAACAAUCGAAGCCACUUAUUCUAGUCGGACAGAUCUCAAGGAUGUUCCUAUUAAUGGAGCUGAACAUUGGUUCACGGAUGGGAGCAGCUAUAUGCUGAAUGGAAAGCGACAUUCCGGAUAUGCUGUUACAACCUCUGAAGAAGUGAUAGAAUCGGGGCCGCUACCAGCUGACACUUCGGCACAGAAGGCUGAAAUCAUAGCCCUUACUCGAGCUCUGGAAAGAGCUCGGGGAAAACCUAUAAAUAUUUGGACUGAUUCUAAAUAUGCCUUUGGAGUGGUACAUGCUCAUGGAGCAAUAUGGAAAGAAAGGGGACUGUUAAACUCCCAAGGAAAAAUCAUCAAACAUGCGGAAGAAAUUUUGAAACUCCUAAAUGCGGUCCAGCUUCCUGAAAGGGUGGCAAUUAUGCACAUUAAGGCACACCAGAAAGUGAGCACAGAAUUGGAAAGAGGAAAUGAACUGGCAGACAGGGAAGCAAAACAGGCAGCCAGAAAAGCAAUCAAGGUAGAGGGUGCGCUAAUACCCGAUGGACAAAUAUCUCUAGAAGGUAAACCAGACUAUACAAAAGAAGAUUGCAAACUAAUUUCUGACCUAAAGGGACCAUAUAAUGAGGAAGGGUGGGCUAUAAUCUCACAUGGGAGAAUAGUAAUUCCUUCCUACAUGACAAGUAACCCAACAAUGUGA